AUGGGAAACCUACCAGAGUCUAGAGUAGUACCUUCCCCUCCGUUCGCCGUAACAGGUGUCGACUAUGCCGGGCCCUUUUGGACGAAACAAGGAUCACGUCGACCUGCAAUAGUGAAAUCGUACGUAGCAGUGUACGUUUGUAUGACGACUAAGGCUGUUCACCUGGAGGCCGUGUCCGAUUUGAGCACCGAUGCUUUCCUGGCUUCUCUUCGACGACUGAUUGCUCGACGGGGCAUGAUUCGUGAGUUGCACUCGGAUAAUGCUACUAACUUCCGAGGCGCCAACCAUGAAUUAAGAGCAUUCAGCCGUGAAAUCGAGUGGCACUUCAUCCCACCAGAUGCCCCUGAAUUUGGCGGCUUGUGGGAAGCGGCGGUGAAAUCCUGCAAAACUCAUCUUAAACGUAUUGUCGGUAACGUGAAGUUAACUUUUGAGGAACUGGCUACAGUCUUAGCACAGAUUGAGGCUGUCAUGAACUCCAGACCGCUGUUUACCAUCUCCAAUGAUCCAGCAGAUCCACUUGUGAUCACGCCAGCUCACUACCUCAUCGGUCGACCACUUACAGCUCCCGCUGAACCAUCGUUAGAAGAUGUCAAGGUUUCUCGUUUGAGCCGCUGGCAGCAUCUCCAACUUCUCCGUGAACAAUUUUGGCGUGCUUGGAGCCGAGACUAUUUAAACACCCUACAACCCAGGAAAAAGUACCUACGAGAGAUGCCCAACGUUCGUGUCGGCAUGAUUGUGCUACUGCAUGAUCGAAAUCAACCUCCUCUCAAUUGGAAACUAGGUCGCAUCGAAGAAGUCUACCCUGGCGAUGAUGGGCUUGUACGAGCAGUAGAUGUCUUAUCCAACGGUCACCAUUUUCGACGUCCAAUCAACAAGGUUUCAAUUCUACCGAUUGAGGACAACCAAUUAGUUGGAAACUUCAACGAUCGCCGAGUUCCGCAACCGGGGGAGGAUGUUCCGUCUCCCCACCAAAACUAA